AGCUUCUUAUGUAACAUAUUUACAUAUUCCCGAGUCACCUUACAAUAGUACCUCGGUGAGUGUAUGAAACGGCCAGGUAGUAGGAUCUUUGACGAUUGGCUUUCAAUUAAAGAAACACAACCUCAAGUCAGACUUAACAUACUAUAUCCCAUAACAUCAUAACUCAAUUCAACGGUAUAUAAGACACGCGAGUGCAUCUCUUUUACUACCGCUUCCAAAUUACAUAAGCACAUCUUGCCAGACCGAACAGCUACCUGCCUAUCUACCUAUCUACCUAUCUAUAUAUCUACCUUUAAAAAAUGGGAGACGUGAAUAUCGUCGAGGGCACUCUUCAAGUCGAUGACGUAACCCUACAUACUAAGUCCUGGUUCCCAUCCGGUCCACCAAAGGCCAAGUUGGUCCUAAUUCACGGGUUCAGCGACCACGUAGAUCGGUACUACGACUUCUUUCCGACCCUUGCGCGCCGCGGCAUCGCAGUCUACGGCUUCGACCAGCGCGGCUGGGGCCGAAGCGUGCGCCGCCCCGCCGAUAAAGGUCGCUCGGGUCCUACCUUUACGGUGCUGGCGGAUAUCGCUGCCUUUAUACGGGCUAAGGUCCUAGGUAGCAGUGGCGAGGACGUCCCAAUAUUUAUGCUCGGCCACUCCAUGGGCGGCGGUGAAGUCCUUACAUUCGCCAGUACAUCCGAGUACGACGACAUCAUUGCUAAGAUCAGGGGCUUCAUCCUCGAGGCGCCGUUUCUAGGCUUUGCGCCUUCAGUCCAGCCCUCUUGGCUAACUAUCACCAGCGGCCGCCUCGCUGCGCAUGUCGUGCCAAAUCUUCACCUAUUCCGCCCGGUGCCCCCAGAGCACCUGUCUAGGGACCCAGAAGUUCAGAAGAGCAUCGCGAACGACCCGCUAAUGCACAACACGGGCACCCUCGAGGGGUUGGCUGGAAUGAUCGACCGCGCUGAAUUCCUGUCCGCCGGGAAGUUAACGCUACGGCCGCGUGUGAAGUCAAUUCUUCUAGCGCAUGGCACGGCGGACAUGGUAACCAGUUUCGACAAAGUGAAGGAAUGGUGGGAGAGGCAGAGACUGGAAGACGGUACAUUCAAGGCAUACGAUGGCUGGGCGCACCAGCUACAUGCCGAUCCAGGAAAGGAGGAGUAUUAUCAGGACGUUGCAGAUUGGAUAUUGGCGCGGAGUGACAGGAGCGAGGAGGUACGAAGGGCACCGGAAGCGAAGUUAUAAAUGCGAAUGGGGGUAUAAUUUAGAUUGAUUUUUUUUUAAGAAAAUCUAUAAUACCUACUAGAUAAUCAUAUGCGUUUACUAUUUUAUCUUAAUUUAUAUACUAUAUAGGUGAUAAUGUUGAUAUUAAGAUUAUACAUGCGAGAGAAAAUAGUUGCGAGAGGUAGAUAACUAAUAUACCUACUAGGUACCUACUAGGUAGUCAUCAAGAC